AUGAACAGCAUUAAAUGCUACGGUCGUUUUUUGCCUGGGUCUAAUUUAGACAAUGAUAGACUAGAAGAAAAAUAUUUCUUGAAAAGAGAACAAAAUUUAACAAAAGUUUUCGGAGAAAAUAUAUCCAAUUUGAAAAUUUAUAAUGUUUUACUUAAAAAAAGAAUAAAAAAUAUUUCAGAUGGGAUAAAUAAUUUAUUUAUUAUUUUAAGCAAUGAAAAAAAGGAUUCAGCUAUGUUUACUGUAGGAGGUAGAUAUACUACUCCCUUUGGUAUUCUUUUAUAUUUGAUUAACGAUUUGCUAUAUAAUGAUAAGUCCAAUUAUAAAUAUCUCAUUAAGUUUAGUUUUUUCGAAAUAAUCAAAAAUAGAGUGAAUGAUAAGUUGAAGAGAUACAUCCUUCCUCAGAAUAAUAUCAUCGACGUUGACAGCUCCUUAGGGAAUUUGAACGGAGGUUACAGUUGGUUAAGCAACACUUACAGAAUAAACCAAGAGAAUGUCAGUUCUUCCAAGUUACACUCUUUAAAAUAUAAAUGGAAUAGGGUUCAACACAAAAGUCGAAGUUGUAGCAUUGACAAUUCAGAAAAGUUGACAAGAGAAACUUGUCUAACGAAUCAGAAAUUGGCAGAAAAGGAAUUCAAUAACUGUACGGAAAGUGCUCAUGUAGACAAUUUUAUACAAAGGAAGAAAGAAGAAAAGUAUCACAAGAUCUAUACUAAGAAGAAGGGCACAAGGGAAUGGGACCCAAGUAGCGUAAAAAAGGUGUAUUUAACUACACAGAACAUAAAGCAUAUCUUUAAAAUAUUACGCAAAAGUAGGAAAGGCAAAUGUGGGAUGGAUGAAGAGGUAAAGAAUAUGCACAAUAAUAUUACAUAUGAAAUUUAUGAAUUCAACACAGAAAGGAUCAAUAGAUUGAAUUAUAACACGGAGGAUGUAGUAAACUCUUCGAUAAUCAUCAUAGUAGUUAAUAACGUCAAAGAGGCGUAUUCAUUGAAGAGAAGUUCUUUAUCUAAUUUUUUUCAGUUCUUUUUAAAAAUAAAAGAAAAUAAUUAUUGUCUAAGGGACAUAAAUCUGAAUUAUAUAAAAACGAAAUCCCUCAUAAUUAAAUACUUAUAUAAUUUAUACAAAUUAGAUCACAUAAGAGGCAGCGAAUCAAGGAUAAUUUUUUUUCCAUUUGAGCUAAAUUUUUUAUACAUAUCAAGCAAUUUCAACAAAUAUAGAAAAGUUUGCGAAUUUAUUUAUUCUUAUUUAAAAAUUCUGAACAAGUCAGAAUAUUUUGUAAAACCUAAUAGGAAGAUUAAAUACGUGAAAAGUGAGUUUCACAAAAUAGAUGAAAAUAUUUACAUGCUUAAAUGUAUGUUAAAUUAUUACAGCAGAUUUAAGUUAUCUGAAGAGGAAAUAAAUUGGAGAUGUAAGGACAUAAGAAAUUAUCUCAUAGAACUAGAGACAUCUGUCAUAUGUGGUGCUAAAAUAAGGGGACCCAGUUAUACAUCCAUUGAAAAUAGAAUAAAUAACAUUUUAAACCUUUGUAGGUACAGUACAUCCGAGACGGAUGAAUGGAACCAAAUAGGAAGAAGAAAUUCUUUUUAUCAGAAAAAUGAAAGCAUACCUUUUUUUAGCAAGCCAAGGGGGAGAGGAGGAGGCUCCAGUAGCGGGAAGGACUUAGAAAAAGAACAUGACGAAAAAUGUGAAGCAAAAUAUGACGAAAAAUGUGAAGCAAAAUAUGACGAAAAAUGUGAAGCAAAAUAUGACGAAAAAUGUGAAGCAAAAUAUGACGAAAACUGUGAAGCAAAACGUGACGAAAAAUAUGAAGCAAAAUAUGACGAAAAACGCGAAGACGAGUUCGGAGAAAAAUCUGAAGAUAGUGAGAUAUCCCAAAGAUCUAGAAGAAUGAAGAAUAGCGCAAAUCUAGGGAUACAUAAUGCAAGGAAUGAAAAAAACAUACAUGGUAUAAAUAACGACAAAAAAUAUAUGAAUACAAUACUUUUAAAAUUAAAUAUGUGCAGAGAAGAUAGAAUAAAUCUAGUUAAAAGUGGGGGGGGCGAACCCAGAAUUGAUACUGAUUUCUCAAACUGCAAAAAAAAUAAUGAAAAUUGUUACACACACUUCAGAGAGAAAAAAAAAGAAAUAACAUUGAAAGAUCACAGUUCACCAAGAAAACGUAAUAAAUCAAAACAUAGAAUUAGUAGAACGUAUGUAGAAUAUGCAAAUAACAAUAAUGAUGUCUACAAUACAAAUGAUGAUUCGUCAGUAGAUCGCAUAAAACUACAUCUUCAUAGUGGUAGGAAUUUUUUACAUGCACUUCAUUUUGAUGACAAUAAUUCGAGUCCUUCCUUUAAAAAAAAUUCCUUUAAGAAGAAUUCUAUAUUUACAAAUAAAAUGGACCCACAAAGUAGUGAAAUAGAAUACAAAAAUAUGUUCAAUAACUCCAUGAGGUAUGAUAAUUUAUAUGACAAAUCCAUUAUAAAUCAUAAGGGGAAAGAAAAAAAGUUUCAUUCCAGUAGCAUCUUUGGCACAUCUUAUUUGAACAAGUCAGAUAGCUCGUGUGACGAAAAUGGUGACAGUGUUGAAACCUUUUUAAACAAUAUUGAAAAAAAUAAAAAAUUUCUAAAAAAUAUUUCUGAGUUAAAUUCGUGUAUUAAAAAAAAUAGGAAGAUUGACAAGAGAGCAAAAGGCUUACUCGAGAAAGUCGAAAAGUGUCUCAUGGGUGAAACGUGUGAAAGUAAGUUCAAAACGGAGUUGAAAGAGAAGAAGGGGAUGCGUUACGCAAAUGGAAUAAUUGAUAAUUAUCAGAAAAUUGGAAAAGGUGAAAAAUCGAUGAAUGAAAAAACAGACGAAGAAAAGGAAACCAAAAAAUUGAAGAAAAAAACAUUGUUAAGAGAAAGUGCCCUAUCGACGCAUAUGAGUGGGAUAAAUAAUCUGAUCUGUUCAGGAAAACGAACAAAAUCAAGAAAAGCAGUUAACAUUGUCAAUACAUUAGAAAAAAUUAAAAAUGAGAAUAGUCACAUAACGAGAUCAAACACAACGAACAAUCUUACUUCUCUCAUAUCAGGUAGAAAGAAAAAUAAAGACAAAUUUUAUGACUCGGAUAAUUUUUCCCCAAAGCUUAAUCACACAAGUUAUUUUCACGACACCUUCAGGGGUAAUUCUUCCGUAGAUAUUGCAAAAAAUGAAAUUAAAUCAAUAUAUGCAAAUAUUCCCGUUGAAGGACAUAAUGGAAAAAAUUUUGAUAACGAAAAUGGAAUGUCUGAUAAAUUUUAUGACGAAGAAAAAAAAAAAAAUGUUCGAAGAUGUGGGAAAUACCCUUUUCAUUUAAAUAGUUGUGAACCAAUUAAUAAGAGUGCAGAGCCCAUUUUUCCCCGUGGAAAAAAAAGGGAUAAUAAUAUAUUUUUAGAAGAAAAUAAAAUUAGUGACUUUGAUUUGAAAAAUAAUUCGUGGAGUCAGAAUGAUGGAUGUAAAAAAAAAGAAAUAAAAAAGGAAAACAGAAAAUUGACGGAGGGGAAAGUCAUGCUUGACGAAAAGUCUACUAAUUGCAAUCUUCAUAAUGCCAUUAUGCACCACGGAAAAUUAAAAUGUGAGAGAAAAUCCAGUAGUACACAGAGUAGCUUACAUAAGCAUUCAUCUUAUAGUAUGGAUUGUCCUAGUAUAGCUGAUGAGCAGAUCAAAGGAAUAGAAGAAGAGGGAGACGGAGAUGGAGAGAAAGAGGAAGAAACAUGUGGAAAUCACUCGGAUGAAAGUGUGUUUUCAUUUUCAUCAAAAAAUAGAAAUACUUCAAGCAAAUGUAACUAUUACUCUAGCAGUCACGUUUUCAAUGAUGAGAUAAAGGGAAAUUACAAAUCAAACAAAGAUAAUAUCUGUAAAACAUCUCCAAAUGGAAUAAAAAGACAUGCAAUAAAUAACUGUAACAAAAUAACAAAGAUGGAGAGAAAUAAAAACAGUAAUUGGAAUUCUAUGCGUAAAGAUGUCAUGGUAAUGACUAGUUCAAAUUUUGAUUCAGGGCAUGAAUGUCUCAGCAGCAGCAGAAGCGGUGAUGCCAGCGUAGAACCACUUGAUAAAAGUAUUAUGGACUACCAUAACAAUUUUAAAAAAUUAUUAAAAAAUUAUAAUAAUUUGCUGAGAAGAAGACACGAAGACAAUAGUAGCGAUUUGGAGUUUUUGAAAAAGAUAAAAUUUGCAAAGGGAAUCUUAAGAGAAUACAAAAAAGUUCUGAGCACUAAAUGGAAUAGCAAAAGCAAUCAUUGCUUGUUGUUACAAGAAAUUAUUUCAAGUGAAUUUGCAAGUUUAAUAGAAAUGUUUAAGAAGAAGUGUGGACGAAGUGGUUGCAGUAAACACGAAAGCUUUGUGAAUAUAUGUAAUAAUUGCAAAAAUGAUUUUUUAAAAAAAAAUAGCAAAACUCAGAGUGAAAGAACCUUUAUAGGAGUACCACACAGGAUCAAUGAAGGAAGUGAGGGAAACACAAACUAUUUAAAGGAGGAUCAAAUACCUUCUGCUAGACCUAAUCUAGAUGAUAUUGAAGGUGCGAAUAUGAACAAAAAUGUGGAUGCAAAUUUGGAUGAUAAUGUGGAUGCAAAUUUGGAUGAUAAUAUGGAUGCACAAUUGGAUGAUAAUAUGGAUGCACAAUUGGAUGAUAAUGUGGAUGCAAAUUUGGAUGAUAAUAUGGAUGCACAAUUGGAUGAUAAUAUGGAUGCACAAUUGGAUGAUAAUGUGGAUGCAAAUUUGGAUGAUAAUGUGGAUGCAAAUUUGGAUGACAAUGUGUACGAAAAUAUGGAUUAUAAUGUGGAUGCAAAUUUGGAUGACAAUGUGUACGAAAAUAUGGAUUAUAAUGUGGAUAGGUAUGAAAAUGAAGAACACCCUAAUGGGAAUUGUAGCACUACUGUUUUCAGCGUUGCUAAAAAUGAAGACAGGGACUCGUAUCACAAAACAAAUGACAAUUUGAAGGAAAGUAAUUCUGGCAAUUUUUUUGAGACAGAAAUUGAGAAUAAUCACGCUCUUACAGGGGGCUGUUUCGAAUUGGAAGAACUCCAAUUGCGAACCUUAGCAAGCGCGGAAGGAAAAAUAUUUGAUAAAAAAGAAAGAAGCAUAAAUUCUUCUACUCAUUGUUAUAGAGAAAAUAUUUCUAUUGGUGAACUUUCACAUAUGGAUAAUUACAUUACUUUUAGUCAAAGUGAUAAAUCUAACCGUUCUGAGAAGCAAAAAAAUGUGAAAGAUGAAAACACUUGCAUGCACAAUGUAACUUUUGACAAGUCACAAAAUGAAAUAGACAUUAUCUCGAAGGACAAUUACACCUUAAAAUCGCAUGAUAGGAAAAACACUCCCAUUUGCAUUGAUGAUAUCAAAAUAAAGAACUCAAAUAGAGAAGAAAAAAAGAACAAGAUUAGGAAUGUGUCACACAAGAAGAUGCACAGAUACAACGGAAUAGGAAACUUUCAUAAGGACGAAAUUUGUACACAGAAAAAUUUCAACUCAUAUUUGAGCCAAGUUGAAGAUAUAUGGAUAAAAAACUGCUUCAUGCUAGAUGAGAAGAAAAUACCCGGCUGUCCACGUGUAGAAGAAUCUAGAAAUAUGCGUUAUAUUAUCCAUAAAAUAAAGAGAAAAAAAGAAAUUCUGAAAAGGAGUAUAAAAGUAGAGGGUAAUAAAUUAAAUAAAAUUUCCUUAAAAAAAAAAAAGUUAAUGUACUUCAUUUUGAGGGCAAUAGAAGGAGGAGAAAAGGAUGAAGAACUUAUUGGGGUUGUGAAAAGUACUAUUUUUAAGAUGGAAUAUUUUGAGCAGAAAAAAUUAAAUAAACUGAAGAAAAUAAAAAACGAAUUUACAAGAUUAAAUGAUUUAGAAAAAAAUAUUUUAAGUGACUUUUUAAUGAAGAAAAGGCAACUUGUUGUAAAAAAAGACAAAGAAAGGGAACUAUAUAGCAAAAUUGUAAAACAGAUAAGAGAUGAAAACGACGACCUGGACGCUGAAAACAUUUGUCAGAAUUAUGCCAACCAUUUGAACAAAAAAAAAAACAUUAUUGAAGAAAAAAAAAUUGAGGAUGUACAUGGUAAUGUAGGUAAAAAUAUAGAAAACAUUUUUGAAAAGAAAUUGCAAAAAGACCAUCAAAAAAAUAGUGUGCAUACGUUCCGCGAUGGUAAAAAAAAUGAAAAAAAAAAAUCCUGUGCACAUGUGCACGCAUCUCGCAAGAGCUGUAUUUGCAACAGUGCUCACAUUAUAAAUUUCCAAAAUAGAGAAGGCAAAAAUUUAACUGUUUUUUCGGACUUGUCUGGAAAAUUAAAAAAAAAAAAUCAAGAAAAACAGGAAAAGAAGGAAAAGAAGGAAAAAAAAUGCAAGACUUCACCAUUAGACGGGGAAAGCACUAGACUAUUUGCACAUCCCUUUAAUGAGGCGACGUUGUGUGAUGCUGAUCUCUGUGAAAAAAAUUCAAAUGAACACAUAUCGCUGAUCAAAGGGUCACGGCAAAGUGUGCCCAAAACUAGGACCCAUUUAGCUCAAAAUAGUCAACUCAAAGUGGGGCAAAAAAUAAAAAAUCUAAAUAACAGCAUUAAAAAUUUCCACAAUAGUGGCAGUAGUAACACUGAUAAGUGGUGGGGAAAAGGUUCCAUUCCAGUGAAUAACCCGAAGAAACCAUUGACAAUUUAUCAAUAUUGUAAGGAUACUCCAAUCCAAAGGAGGAAAGCAACGAAGAGUUGUUCGAAAGUGAGAUUAAAUCUAUAUGAUAGGGACGAGUUAUAUUUAGAACAUUCCCCUUCUUUAUGUGACAAGAAUUCAGAGGGGAAAUAUUCAAAAGGAGACAGUGGCUCUUCAAAUAAAAGAGGUAAAAAUAUAAGUACAGCUUACAGAAAUAGGGACAAGAGUAAUUUUUUUCCCAAUUCGUGCAAUAGUUAUAUAUUUGAUGAAAAAUUAAAGGGAAAAAGAAAUAAUAACUCAGGUCAAUCUUAUGAUAAUCCGUUGGAAGAUCAAAACAGAGUUUCCCCCAAGGGGAGCCAUGUGAAGAAACACAAAAUUGAAAAAAUAGGAAAUUCAAAAUUUAAUCCAUUUUACAUCUCCAAGAGGUGUAGAAGUUGCAAAAGAGAAAAAUUUUGCUCCGGUGAAAUUAUCGAAAACUUUAAGAACCAUUUCAAGGUUGGACUAAAAGUUCCACUCACUUCUAACAUUAGAAAAAACGAAAAAAGAAACAAAAAAGAAAAUAAAAAAAAAGUAUCCGAUAAGUUGGAAAAAAAGAAAAUUAAGAUUAUCCCUAAAAACGAGAAUAGAAGUGGUAAGAAAAACUCCUUUUUUGGAAAAAAUUUGAUGGGAGUCAUAACAGAAGACAGAAAUCAAAACAACAAAAUUGAGAGUAAUUCUUUAGUAGAAAAAAAAAAUAAUUUUCAAGUAAAUAUUAAAAUGUUAGACGAACAAAAGGAUAAAAUGAGAGGCAAUAAUUUGCAUAGAAAAGGUCUAUUUCAUAAGGAAAACAUCAAAAGGGAAAAUGAAUCUUUAGAAAAAUUUCCAACCAGUUAUACCCCAUUUGGGAAUGCACAAUAUGAAGAUGAAUAUCCAAGAUUUACUCCACAUUCUCCGAUUUUCUAUCCCCGAAAUGUGGAAUUGCCAUAUUAUCAUGAAAACAUUAAUAAAACUAUGCACAACAAUAAUAGAAACAUCUUCCCCAUCUAUAAAGGUAAAAAUUAUGAAGAAGAAAGAAACAAGUACAAUAGAGACCAAUUAGGAUUUGUAGAAAUGAAAAGGAAAGAAAACAAAUUUAGUUGUAGAAAUGUGAAAAAGAAAUUAAUACAUGAAGGAGAUGAUGAUAAAAAUGUGGAAAAAAUUUCAAUUAAAACGAUUAUUAAUAGACCAAGAGAAAAAACAAUUCCUUGCAUUAAUUACGAUACAGAUAGUUAUAACAUUAAAUUAGGGUGGUGGAAUUGGGGAAAAAAAUCUAAACUAUUCUCAAAUAUAGAAAGAUAUAAAGAAAAUAUUAAAAAGAAAUAUUAUGAAAACAGAAAAUUUUGUAAAAAUAGAUCAUUCAGUACUUCGACGAGUAAAUAUUUUACAAAAUUUCAACCAAAUGAAUAUCUAUACAUUCCUGUAACGAAUAAAAAUUACUUUAAGAGUAAAACCUCGCUUAAAAUUAGAAGCAAUCCAGUAAGUGAUUUUCAUAAGCUAAAUUUAAAACCUAUAACUGGAUUUAUGCAAUCCUAUAAAAAGGAAAAAGAAAGACAAAGACAAGUCCCACGCUCAGUUAUUAGGGUGUCUACAAUACCAUACGUUAUGGAUGAUUAUAAUAAACACAAGGGAAAUCAAAAUAUGGGGAAAAGGAUGAGAAAUAAAGUAGGUUUAAGCAUGGGGGAAUCCAAAAUUCUGCUUCCAGAUGAAGACGAAUCAGAUUUUAAUAAUACAUCGGGUUUUUUUGCUAAGAUCUCUAAAAACAAUAUUACUACAAACAGGGGCUCCAAAAGGGGAAAAUCCCUCAAACGCAAAAAUAGUUUCUCCAAUAGUGCCAUCUCAAGUGAUGAAACAACAUCCAAGGGAAUUUUAUUUAAGUACAAAAAAAAACAACUCCAUAAAAAAGAUAUAACGAAAAGAAAUGUAGAUAGCUUAAAUGGGGAUAAUAAAAUUACAGCCAAGUUAAGCAAUAUUGGGUAUAUGGGAAAUGAGGCAAGGAAUCACAUUUAUAAACACGGUGAAUUGCAUAGUGAUGAUGAAGAAGAUAAUUCCUACGACGAGUUAGACCAAACAAGGGACGAAAAAAAGACCAUGGUUAAUGUAAGGAAGUACAGAAUUUGCUCGGUGGAGUCGAUCUUAUCUGAGAGGAGUAUCCCAGAGAAAUGCCCAUCUGAGAGAAUACCCAUGGAACACAAUUCAGUGAUGUCGCAGAUAACAUCUGGAAGUAGCGAAAGAAACAACCAUGGAAUAGAAAAAUCUAUAAAUAAAUUCAAUAUCAACCGAAAAUCUAAGAAAACAGUGAAUCACCUCGAUGGGGAAACAUCUAUGUAUUCUACCAUAUCCCAAUGUAGCAACGUAUCAAAAGAACAGAACAUCAACAAAGGGAAUGAUAAUAGUUGUUACAAUACAUCUUCAUUCAACUCUGAAAACGAGAUAAUGCAAAAUUAUAUGAAAAAAAUUCCUGAUAUUUCUAUGGAUCAAUGUGAUAAAUUAUCAAAUUAUGAACAACAUGGAGAUGAGAAAAAAAAAAAGUUGUCCAGAAAGAACUGUUAUAAAAAAAACGUGAAAGAAAAUGAUAAAAGAGACUGUUGUGAAUAUAUAACUAAUGAUGAGGAGACAUAUUUGAAUAUGUAUCCUGAAGAUUAUGUAAAAAAACAGAAUGAAUUAAGUGAAAAUUUAUACAAAAUGAACUGUAACGAAAGCGAUGGGGAAAAUUUAUCUUUCGGUUCAGUUGAACAAAUUUCAGAAGAAGAGUUAAACAAAAACCAGUUUCAUACAAAUAGAAUAGAGAGAGGGAAUUUCUCACAGUAUGAUACUUAUUAUAGGAAAAAUAAUCCCCCCCAUAAAAAACACUGUUAUAAAAAACUUCAGAAUAAUUCACAUCAUCAUACAAAUGAUGAAUAUUACGAAGGGCUCAAUAAAGAUAGUACCCACCUUAAAGAACAAAAUAAAAUCAUUGACAAAUCUGAUUACAUAGAAAAGCAGUAUGAUGAGUAUUAUUACAAUAAAUAG